GUUAAUUUGCAAGUUUGUUGAGAUGAAUAGAAGCACAUGGGACAUAAAUAGGCAAUAAUCAGACCUACCCAAGAGUGUGGUUACCAGAACGCAGAACCCCAAUGGCUCUUCCUUGAAAGUGGAAACCAAACACACCCCAUCAUGGCAAUGGCACUCGAAGCUGCACUUUGGAUCGCAAAGAUGGCGUGGAUGGCUCUCAGUGGCUGGAUUUCUUCUUGUUUGACCGUUGCUGACGAAUUUGCCUCUUCUCUCCGCUCUGGCGAAAUUGGCCCUUUUCAUGUGGGUUGAUCCAAUCAUGUAUCUUUUUUCCAAUAUGGGUACUGGCUAUGCAUCAAGUUUUGUUAUUUUUUAUUGCCCUUGAAACUAGCCUUCAUCAGAUUUACUGGGUAUGUGUCAAAAUCUCCUUUUUAAGUCUAGCUUGUGUGUUUUGAGCUGGAGUGGAGUGGGUGGUCCUGGCUUCUGCUUUAGGGUUAGAGGGAGAGGAUGUGUUUGCUGUGUGAGAUUGGAUUUCAUUGAAUUCAGGAACUGAGAGGUUGUUUGCUGUAGCUUCUUGAUUGCUUUGUACCAUACUUUGUUUAGGGAUUGUAGAUGAGUUUGAAUGCUAACACAAAUGAUUGGUUCACGUCUCUGUUCUUAUUU